GGUUGUCUGCAGCCGCGUGCUGGAGUCUUCGGAGGGAACUGACAGUUCGUUUUGGUGAUUCUCCCUUGAAGUUGAAGCCUCAACAAAGAAAUGGCCAAGAAACAGGCAGUCGGUCGCCCACAACCGUUGGAGCUCACCCCCGUGGAAGCAUUGCUGCAAAUGAAGCAAGAACUCGACGAAGAUAUCGAGUACAUGGGCCAAUCCAUCCAAACGCUGAAAGUGGUCAUGGACAAAUGCUUCACCUCCGGAGACUGUCUGUCGAAGUUAGGGAAAGAAUAUGAUGGCAAAGAAGUCCUUGUACCUCUCUCCGGCUCCGUAUACGUCCCGGGCUACCUGGUGGGCGGUGGUAAAGCGACGAUAGGUAUCGGCACCGGCUACUUCGUGGAGCGCGACGUAAAAGAUGCGGGAGACAUUUUCAAACGCAAAGAGAAACUGGUUCAGGACCAGAUCGACAAAGUACAGAAAGCUGCUCAGGAAAAGGUCCGGUUACGGGAUGCUGUGACAGAGACUGUACAAGAGAAGAUGAUGACUUUGAUGGCUGCUCCGAAGAAUGCGCCUGGAGCCCCUCCACAAGUGAAUUGACGAGGAUGAAGUGUACAUAGUCUCCAACGUCGAUGGUGAACACUUAAGUUAAGAAAAACGUCUCUUGCAAAAGCGGCGCCAUGCAUUAAAGGAGCCGCAGCGCUUUCCUCCGGG